GUGUGAGCACCGCCCCCUCGGCGCCUCGCCUCGCGCCCUUGUCCCGCCGGCCCGGAGCGCGGCCGGGCAGGUGCAGGAGGCGGCGGGGAGGGCGCGGAUCGCGCCCGCCCGUCCGCCCGUCCGCCCGCCCGCUGCGGAGCCCCGGGGACCCGAAGGGCGGCGGCUCCGGCGCUCACCUGGCGGCCCGCGCGGCCUCGGUCGCGGAGUUGCUUAAGUCGCGGGCGGCGCGGUUGGCCGGGGAUGUGCGGGGGUCGCCGGUUCCCGGGGUCUCCCCCGCCGCGCUCGGCCCAGCCUGACUUCGGGAAUCGGGACCCCGGGAGUGGGAGAACAGCGGUUCCCCCUGCGUGGGCCGCUCGCCCCCCGCCGCCCGCGGAAUAGCGAGGCUGGGGAGAGGAUGGUGCCGGGUGGACGCUGCAGCACGCGAAGAGUUGCCAGUUGUUGGGGAUUAAAACAUCGAUCCGUAAUGGCUGGCUGGCGCACUCUCCUCCGAGUUAGAGCUGGUGCCCCAGAGGCACUUUAGUUUCAAGGAAAUGUUGCCUGUUCCCAGCCUACCUGUUUAGACACUUCUCAGUGUCCCCCGUGUCAAGGGAAAGAGCCCUGUGAUCUUUUGGCUCUGGAAUGAUUGCAUAAUUGGAGGAGAGGCCGAUAAGAGGAUUAAAACAAACCGUUCUAUUGUAAAUCUCUUGAAAGACCCGGUUUCUGUUCAUUACACUGUUCUUAAGUUUUUGUUUCUAAACAAUGAAUCGAGAGGAAAAGGAGGCAGAGUAGCUUAGGUUGUCCUAUGAUGAAGCCUUUGCUAUGGCUAACGACCCCUUGGAAGGCUUCCAUGAAGUGAACCUUGCUUCGCCUACUUCUCCAGACCUUCUUGGUGUGUGUGACCCGGGAACCCAAGAGCAGACUACCUCCCCGAGCGUCAUCUACCGGCCACACCCCUCCACGUUAUGCGCUGCCCCUCUCCAGGCCAAUGCCUUAGAUCUUUCUGAUCUUCCUACACAACCUGUGUAUUCGUCCCCCAGGCAUUUCAACUGUGCAGAAGUAUCUAAUAUCAGCGCUCAUGCUCCGGAUCCAGCAUCAUCGGUACCCUCUGCGGUAGCAUCAGGGCUCACGAAGUUAACCUCCAGGAAGGACAGCUGUAAUGCAGAGAGGGAGUUUCUGCAGGGCGCCACCAUCACCGAGGCUUCUGCUGGCAAUGAUGACAUCUUUGGGUUGAGCACGGAUAGCCUGUCGCGUUUACGAAGCCCAUCUGUUCUGGAAGUUAGAGAGAAGGGCUACGAAAGGUUAAAGGAAGAACUUGCAAAAGCUCAGAGGGAAUUGAAGUUAAAAGAUGAAGAAUGUGAGAGACUUUCGAAAGUGCGGGAUCAACUUGGGCAGGAGUUGGAAGAACUCACAGCUAGUUUGUUUGAGGAAGCUCACAAGAUGGUGAGGGAAGCGAACGUCAAGCAAGCCACUGCAGAGAAGCAGCUGAAGGAAGCCCAGGGGAAAAUUGAUGUACUUCAGGCUGAAGUGGCCGCUCUGAAGACACUCGUACUGUCCAGUUCUCCAACAUCGCCUACGCAGGAGCCUCUGGCGGCUGCAAAGACCCCCUUUAAAAGGGGGCACACAAGGAACAAAAGUACAAGCAGCGCCAUGGGUGGGAGCCACCAGGACUUGAGUGUGAUCCAGCCAAUCGUAAAAGACUGCAAAGAGGCUGAUUUAUCGCUGUAUAAUGAGUUCAGAUCUUGGAAGGAUGAGCCCACGAUGGACAGAACGUGUCCUUUCCUGGACAAAAUCUACCAGGAGGACAUCUUUCCAUGUUUAACAUUUGCAAAGAGUGAGUUGGCUUCAGCUGUUCUGGAGGCUGUGGAGAACAACACUCUAAGCAUCGAACCAGUGGGGUUGCAGCCCAUCCGCUUCGUGAAGGCUUCCGCUGUCGAGUGCGGAGGGCCAAAAAAGUGUGCGCUCACUGGCCAGAGUAAGCCCUGCAGGCACAGGAUUAGGCUCGGGGACUCCAGCUGCUGUUACUACAUCUCUCCUUUCUGCAGAUACAGGAUCACUUCUGUAUGUAACUUUUUUACAUACAUUCGAUACAUUCAGCAGGGACUCGUGAAACAGCAGGAUGUCGAUCAGAUGUUUUGGGAAGUUAUGCAGUUGAGAAAGGAGAUGUCGUUGGCAAAGCUGGGAUAUUUCAAAGAGGAACUCUGAUGCCCUGUGUGCGGGGCCGUGCGUGCUGCCCCUCCCUGGACCACUGAAGGAUGACGGAACAUUUUUAUGGUUACUCAAUAUUUAUUUCUAAGGAGAGGCCACAGACUUCCCUCCUCUUGCACACUACACUGAGAAGUGCUGUGAUUUCUUUUAAGCUGACUGAGCUGUAUCCCUUAGUGGAGCACACUAUGAAGAAUUGCAGGCGCUAGUGAUGGUAAUUCAACACUGCAAAUCAAAACCACCAAAUAAAUAUCAGACGGAGUGCGUGUGUCUUUCUUAGCUCUGACUCGGCAUAGAGAGUUGCAGAAGACAAUAGUAGUCUUCCCUUUGUUCCCCUGUGAGAGGCAAGGAAGGAGCCAGGUGGACAGGACUCCUUCCUGUCUGUGUGUAUGCUGACAUCCAUACGAAAGGUUUUAUUUAUUAUUAUUCUGUCCGCUGUAAUGUAGUGAAUCCCUUGAUCAUAAUGGUUUGCUAAGUGCAAUAAAUGAAGAACAGUGCGCGUGCUUGAGCAUCCUGGCUUCAUGUUAGCACUGAGCAUCAUCAUGGAAUAGAAGGAGUGUUAAGAUUAAUGGAUGAGGGCGUGGUCUAGACGGAUGGGAUCUGCCAGCUCUGAAGCUGAUACUCACGGAGAGACCACCAACAUCAUUCGCACAAGUAAAAUAGGUUCGUGUGCAGACAUAGUGUAGGGGGGGCAAGGAAAACAGCCUCGUUGACUCCACUAUGAUCACUACGCUCACGUUUCUGGAGAAUAGCCUUGGACUUCAGAUAUUUCCUACGUAUAUAUGCACAAUUCUGAAUCAAAAUGGCCUCCUUUAUUAGGUGUGUGUGUGUGUGUGUGUGUGUGCGCGCGCGCUCGUGUGUGUGCGCAUGCUCGUGGAUGCCUCUCACUCAGGACUGCUGCACACAGACCUGGAAUUGGAGUUGCAGACCGUUGUCAGUGCUGUCUCUCCAGCUCAUCUCUCUUGCUUUGAAAGUAAAUCGAUGGAGCAUUGCUGCCGGUAAACCUUCACAUCUCAAAAAUGAUUUUUCUACAUGUUACGUGUUUGUGUGAGGGUGUGUCUGCGUGUGUGGCAGUCACAUGACAGCUUUUGGGAAUCUGUUCUCUCCUUCUGUAUGGGUUUUCGUGAUCAAACAGACUCAGGACUUCGGGGUUGGUAGCAAUAUCCUUAUAUGCGCUGAGCCAUCUCUCUGGUGCGGAUCUCCACAUCCUAACCCUUGUGUGUUAAUUGCAAUUAAAUAUAAUUUAAUUGUCUCUA